GCAGCUAGAAAAUUAUUAUGUCUAACAGUAAAACCGUGGUCGUCACCGGAGCCUCUUCAGGUAUUGGGUAUGACGUUGCUCUAGAAUUUGCUUCAAAAGGUUACAAGGUCAUUGCUGGUGCCAGAAGACUUUCGACUAUGGAAGACUUGAAGAAACACGGUAUUAGAACUGUGGAAUUGGACGUGACAUCUUCGGAAUCGGUUGCGAACUUAAAGGCUUUGAUUCAAACCGAAUACAAUGGCGCUAUCAAAUAUCUCUACAACAAUGCUGGUCAGCCUUGCAUGGUCGCGGCUGUCGAGGUAUCAGAUGAUCAAGUUUCCAAGUGCUUUGAAGUGAAUGUUUUUGGACAAAUAAGAGUAACUAGAGAGUUAGCUCCAUUUGUUAUCAAAACAAAAGGUACAAUCGGAUUUACUGGUUCCAUCCAAGGUAUCCGGGGUUCUGUGUUUCUUGGUAUUUAUGCAAGCUCAAAGGCAGCCCUUCAUUCGUAUGCAGCAAUCUUGGCUACUGAAUUGGCCCCAUUUGGCGUGAAGGUUGUUAACUUUAUUACUGGAGGUGUUAAAACUGGAAUUAGUGCAGAACUCGACACGGUUCUUUACGAUGAAAAGGGAUUGGGAGAAAUUAAGGAUGCUUUCACAAAGCUUGGAGAUACUGGAAUGGACUCCAAAGUAUAUGCUAAGAAGAUUGUCAAAGACUUUGAAAGCUCCAAGAUUGGUCUGGACGUCUCGUACAGGGGGGCCGGGGCCAGUUUUAUUAGGAUUGCUGACAUUUUCCCUUCGUUCGUUUUGAAGGGCUUGUACCUGCUGAUGUUCAAGGUGAAAACUCUCUACAGAGAAAUCAGCAAUAAGUACAAUUGAUCCCUCUAAUAUUUGCUGCGCGCUUGAACUUCUCGGAAGAAACUUUGGAAGGCAAUAUAACAGCAAGGAACUUCUAGGCGUGAAAUCUCACUAGGCAGAAGAUCAGGUUAUUCUAAGAUUCUUAAUCUGACUAUAUAUAUAUAUAUAUCAAUAUGAACAACUGAAUUAGAUAAUC